AAAUAUUCAUCUCCAACUCAGUAUAUCUCUCAAUGAAUUUAGUAAUAAUAAUAAUGUAAUUUUUUUUUUUUUUGAAAACUCAUGUUGGCGACUUAAGUUUAAUUAAGGAGCUGCUUUGACUAAGCCAACUGAAUUAUUAAAAAAUCCAAAAAAAAAAAAAAAAACUCUAAUACUUUUCUUAGUUGAAAAAAAACACAUAUCCCUCACUUCCGAUUCUUCCCUUGUUUUUCUUUUUCUUUUCCCCUUACCAAACACAAAUUCCCUCUCUGAUCUGCUCCAAAAUACAGAGAGAAAAACAGGCAUAAUCAUUUUGUGGAAGACAGAGAGAGAGAGAGAGAGCCAAUAAUUUUCUGGAAUUUUUAGUCAAACUUCUUUAUUUUCUCUUUUGGCUAUAGUUCAGAGAGGAGUAUUUUCGAAUUUUAUUGUUUGCUAGUUAUUUUUUUCUUUUUUGCUUCUUGAUUUGAUCAACGAUCAAUAUUUGUGUGAGUUUGGAUAUCCGUUUUAGACCAAAUUGACGCCUCCACUAUUCGUCGAAAUGGAAGAUUGAUGACGAUUUUGGGGAUUUAGCUCUUUAAAUCAGAAGUAGCCGAAAACAGCGAAAAAAAAGGUGAUGGAGCGAUUAAUCUCCGUUCCUUUAUGGUUGAUUUUGGUGUUGGAUUUGGUUUUCAGAGUUGCGGGAAAUGCGGAAGGUGAUGCGUUGAAUGCAUUGAAGACCAAUUUGGCUGACCCUAAUAAUGUGUUGCAAAGUUGGGACCCAACCCUUGUUAAUCCUUGCACAUGGUUUCAUGUUACAUGUAAUAGUGAAAAUAGUGUAACAAGAGUUGAUCUUGGGAAUGCAAAUCUAUCUGGUCAAUUGGUUCCACAGCUUGGGCAACUUUCCAAUUUGCAGUAUUUGGAGCUUUAUAGUAAUGACAUAUCUGGGAUAAUCCCAGAGGAGCUUGGAAAUUUGACCAACUUGGUGAGCUUGGAUCUUUACUUGAAUAAUUUAACCGGACACAUUCCAACUACUCUGGGCAAGCUUUCGAAACUAAGAUUCCUGCGUCUCAACAACAACACGUUGUCAGGGCAAAUUCCUAUGCUCUUAACUACAGUUACGUCACUGCAAGUGCUUGAUCUUUCAAACAAUCAGUUAGAAGGAGAUAUUCCAGUUAAUGGUUCUUUUUCACUAUUCACUCCUAUCAGUUUUGCUAAUAAUCGACUGAAUAAUCCUCCACCUGCUCCACCGCCUCCUAUCUCACGUACAACUCCAGCUGCAUCAGAUUUAUCUAACUUCAUACUGGCAGGUAAUAGUGCCACUGGUGCUAUUGCUGGAGGAGUUGCUGCUGGCGCUGCCCUGUUGUUUGCUGCUCCUGCAAUUGUACUUGCUUGGUGGCGAAGAAGGAAACCACAGGAUCAUUUCUUUGAUGUACCUGCUGAGGAGGACCCAGAAGUUCAUUUGGGACAACUUAAAAGGUUUUCUUUGCGUGAACUACAAGUGGCAACGGAUAGUUUUAGCAACAAAAACAUUCUGGGUAGAGGUGGUUUUGGUAAAGUUUAUAAAGGUCGCUUAGCUGAUGGUUCUCUGGUAGCAGUAAAAAGACUGAAAGAAGAGCGGACUCAAGGUGGAGAGUUGCAAUUCCAAACAGAGGUAGAAAUGAUAAGUAUGGCCGUGCAUCGGAAUCUACUACGUCUCCGUGGCUUUUGCAUGACCCCUACAGAACGGCUACUAGUGUAUCCCUUUAUGGCUAAUGGUAGUGUUGCAUCCUGUUUAAGAGAGCGUCUGGAGUCUCAAACACCACUUGAUUGGGCUGUAAGGAAACGGAUUGCAUUAGGAGCUGCAAGGGGGCUUGCAUAUUUGCAUGAUCAUUGUGACCCUAAGAUUAUACACCGUGAUGUGAAGGCCGCAAAUAUAUUGUUGGAUGAGGAAUUUGAAGCAGUUGUUGGAGACUUUGGGCUGGCCAAACUGAUGGACUACAAAGAUACUCAUGUAACAACUGCUGUUCGUGGUACAAUUGGUCAUAUAGCUCCUGAAUACCUAUCAACUGGAAAGUCAUCAGAGAAAACUGACGUUUUUGGGUAUGGUGUUAUGCUUCUUGAACUCGUUACUGGACAGAGGGCUUUUGAUCUUGCUCGGCUUGCAAAUGAUGAUGAUGUCAUGUUGCUUGAUUGGGUAAAAGGGCUUCUGAAAGACAGGAGGUUGGAAACGCUGGUUGAUUCUGAUCUUCAGGGUAAUUACAUAGACGAAGAGGUGGAACAGCUAAUCCAGGUGGCUCUUUUGUGCACUCAAGGCUCCCCAAUGGAACGGCCUAAGAUGGCUGAAGUGGUCAGGAUGCUGGAGGGUGAUGGCUUGGCUGAAAGAUGGGAUGAGUGGCAGAAAGAGGAAAUGAUUCGCCAGGAGUUUAACCUUACCCACCACCCGAAUGCUAAUUGGAUUGUUGCAGACUCCACUUCUCACAUUCCUCCAGAUGAAUUAUCUGGUCCUAGAUGAUGACCACUUCUGCCAAUAAGAAGACUUGAGGCAAGAGUUGGUUUUGUGUUUUAGAGUCGCAUUGUUCACAUUUGUGCAUAUAGUUUUUCUUUGUCGUUUUUCCUCUCCUCUUUUAUUGUUCUUUCUUUUUUGGGCCCAUUUAUACUGUUGUUGUAAUUUAUAGUACAUGUUGUACGAUGUUGUUUGCUCUUUGCUUUGUAAGAGAACACUAGUGAAGUGCUAGAAAAAAAGACGGGUCAAGAAGGGCCAUAGAAGCACCCUUGUUAUUUUGAUGCACUGAAACGUUAGUGAUAACUUUUUCACGAAUAAAUACAGUAAAUCGUUAACCACGAUAAACUUUUUCGGUCA